ACUCCCAGCAGAUGAGAUGAGCCCCCAUUGGCACGGCCUGAUUUCCUCAUCUUGCUUAACUGGUCGGACUUGAGGUAGAAGUCCCUUUUCCCAUUCAGAACAUCGUUGUUCCGCUUCUUUAAAGGCGGCUAAGUUAGAAAAGACACUGCCGCCACUGCUUCCCCCGCCUUUUUAAGGGAAGUUCCUUUAAUUACAGCGUUAUUUUUAUAUGAGGGCAGUUUUACACCUUCCGGGAGCUGAGCUGCGUGCAGAAAUUCAGCGUGUGGAGCAUCAGCAAUUGGUCUGCAUCCAGCGGGUGACGGCCGCCGGGCCCCUCCCGCCGCAGGCCGCGCCGGCCCCGAGCGGCGGCGUAGAGCUGCCGGCGUUGUGCGCCCGCGCCGCGCACGGGGCUGCCGGGCGGCCCCCGGCCGAGGAGGAGCGGGCCGAGGUGGGCUGGCAGCAGAAGCUCUUCAGCCAGUUUGAGGUGGAUCUGUACCAAAAUGAGUCAGCCUGCCAGACUCCCCUGGACCGGCAGUACCACGAGGAGAUCCUGAAGCUGGAGAAGGCCGGAGGGCGGAAGAACCACCGCAUCUUCACCUACACUGAUCACGACCGGUUCACCAACCUCGAGGAGCACUGCCAGAAGGUAACUGACUCAGACUGUGAGAUGCCAUCAUAUCUGGCAGAGAGGAUGGCCAAUGUGAGGAGGAGAAGACAGGACCGAAAGCCACUAGAAGCGAGUUCUCUCAAGUCAAAAAUCAUCACCUGGGAGCCCUCAGAAGAAUUUAUAAAGAACAACCAUGUGAUUAACACUCCUGUUCAGACUAUGUACAUCAUGGGGGACUUGGGACCUUAUGGGAAGCUUGGUCAGAGGGAAUAUGAAUAUGUUCUUUGCACAAUCAAGGUGGAUAGCAAUGGGGUGAUCACAGUGAAGCCUGACUUUACUGGCAGCAAAGGAGCCUACUGGAUUGAGCUGGGUGGACAGAAGCGAGAGUUGUGGAAAUACACCAUUGAGAAUGCAUCUGUGCAAGUGCAGCAGGAGGAGGAGGAGCGCGAGCAGCGUGUGUUCAGAGAUCUGUACAGUCGGCACAGGGAGUACCUCAGCAGCCUGGUAGGCUCCGAAUUUGAGAUGACACUUCCUGGUACACUGAGGCUUUUUGUGAAUGGAGAAGUAGUUUCAGCUCAAGGCUAUGAGUAUGACAACCUUUAUGUUCAUUUCUUUCUAGAGCUGCCUAAACACUGGUCAAGCCCUGCAUUCCAGCAGCUGUCGGGAGUGACUCAGACCUGUGCCACCAAGACAGUGGGCUGGGAUAACGUGGCUUACUUCUGCUACCCCUUCACUUUGGAGAUGUUUUUCACCCAAGAGGACGAAUCAGAAGACUGUCUCCCUCAGUGGCCCGUUCUCUACUUUGAGGUUCUGUCCCUGGAUUUCUGGCAGAGAUAUCGUGUUGAAGGAUAUGGUUCUUUGGUGCUGCCAGCAUCUCCAGGUCUCCACAUGCUCACCAUCCCCACCUGGCGCCCUGUAGAGCUGGGUACAGUUGCUGAGAUGAGGAGAUUUUUCAUCGGUGGGUCUCCUGAGCUGGAGGACAUGACCUAUGCCAGGAUACCAACAACCUUCAAGGGAAAGCAUCUGAGCCGCUUUGGUUUUCGCACAGAGACAACAGGGAAGGUCACGUUCCGGCUUUACUGCCUGCAGCAGUCCAAAGCCUUUCUGGAAACCAGUGCCUUGAGGCAUCGCAUGCAGAGUGUUCUGGACCGGCUUGGAGGCUUCAGCCAGCAGAGCUCUGUCUACAGUGUUUUGGAGGCUUUCCAGCGGGCUCGGCGCCGGAUGCAGGAGGCCCGUGAGAGCCUUCCCCAGGACCUCAUCAGCACCUCUGCCUCCGGUGUGCAGCAGCUACAGGAACCCUGACUGACAGACUGACAGCCUCACUGCCCCUGGCCUGGGAGCAGCCCACAUCUCUCUGAUAGAAGCUCCCAGUGCCCGUGCCCUGAAGCUCUUUGAAGCCCUUCCUUUGCAGUUCUGUCUGGACAAGGGCAGUAGUCUAUAGCACAUCCAUACUGAGAAUCGUCGUGUUUCCACAGGUACACUGUUGUUUCGAGGCACUUUGUUACCAGGCCCUAAUGAUAGAGCCAGUUGUUCACGUUUCUGCUGAGCAGUCUAAAAUACUGACAUGAGACCCGUGAACUUUUUGAAUGCUGAAUUGUAAGUGAUUAGAAAAAUUUCAAGUCUACUUGACUUGAUAGAUUUACUUUUCUUCUUAAAGAAGAGAGAGAUGUUGAAGGUCAGGGCAUGAAUGUCGUUUGAGAUUUAAUUAAAUGAGUAGUUAACUUACUGAUAGUUGUCGUCAGCAUUUGUAGCUCUAGGUCAGUUUUCAGUAAAAUGUGUCUGACCACCUGUGA